AUGCCCGCCGCCACCCGUGCCGUCCUGCGGCAAUCGCAGUUCCUGACCCGGAGAACCGCCGUCAGACACGCCUCCUCCACUUCUGAGGCUGCUUCCAAGGCUGGUGAGACUGCUUCCUCAGCGGCCUCCAAGGCCUCUGAGGGUCUGUCUAAGGUCUCUGCCUCCGCUGGCCCUGCCUUCUCCAACGCCGCCGGUGCCCUCCGCAAGGUCGGUGGACCCGCCGGCAAGGUCAUCUCUCUCGUCGACUCCAUGAUCCCCCCGACUCUGUACUACUCCAAGGUCGGCCUUGAGCUCGGCAAGCUGGUGUUCCGUGGCCAAAACAUGGCUCCCCCCAACCUGGCCACUUUCCAGUCCUACUUCCAGCCCUUCAUCAGCAACCCCGCCGCUCUUAAGACCCUCCCCUCCCCCUCGGCUCUUCUCGCCCGUGUCCGCAACGCUAGCCCCAAGCAGCUGGCUCUCGCCGGUGUUACCGCCGCUGAGGUCAUUGGUUUCUUCACCGUCGGAGAGAUGAUCGGUCGCAUGAACAUCGUCGGAUACCGCGGCGAGGCUCCCCACGGCCACUAA